AUAGCUUGACUCAGCCACAGUGUCACAGACACCUUUGGGACAUGAAGUGGAUACUCUUCUUUGGGGUCCUUAUUGGGCCCAGCCUCUGUGGCCGAGAAAAGUUUUUUGGGGAUCAAGUUUUUAGGAUUAACGUCAGAAAUGGAGACGAGAUCAGCAAACUAAACGAGCUAGUGAAUUUAGACAACUUUAAGCUCAACCUCUGGAAAUCUUCCUCCACCUUGGGUAGUCCUGUGGAUGUCCUGGUCCCAUCCGUCAGCCUGCAGCCAGUCAAAUUCUUCCUCAAGUCUCAAGGCUUUGAUUACUCAGUGACCAUUGAAGACCUGCAGGCCCUUUUAGACAAAGAAGAUGAAGAAAUGCAAUACAACGAAGAGCAAGAACGGAGCGGGAAUAACUUCAACUACGGGGCCUAUCAUUCCCUGGACGCUAUUUAUCAGGAGAUGGACAGCAUUGCCGGAGACUUUCCUGACUUGGCGAGCAGGGUGAAGAUUGGGCGUUCGUUUGAAAACCGGCCCAUGUAUGUACUGAAGUUCAGCACUGGAAAUGACAGUCAGCGGCCCGCCAUUUGGCUGAAUGCAGGCAUUCAUUCCCGGGAGUGGAUCUCACAGGCCACGGCCAUGUGGACUGCAAGGAAGAUUGUAUCUGAUUACGGGAAGGAACCAGCCAUCACCUCCAUCUUGGAGAAAAUGGAUGUGUUCUUGUUGCCUGUGGCCAACCCUGAUGGAUAUGUAUACACGCACACUCAAAACCGACUUUGGAGGAAGACACGAUCCCGAAGUCCUGGAAGCUCCUGCAUUGGUGUUGAUCCAAAUAGAAAUUGGAAUGCAAGUUUUGCUGGAGGGGGAGCCAGUGACAAUCCUUGCUCCGAAGUGUACCAUGGACCCCAUGCCAAUUCGGAAGUGGAGGUGAAAACGGUGGCAGAUUUCAUUCGAGAGCAUGGGAAUUUCAAAUGCUUCAUCGACCUGCACAGCUACUCGCAGCUGCUGAUGUAUCCAUAUGCAUACACUGUCAAAAAGGCCCGAGAUGCUGAUGAGCUGGACAAGGUGGCGAGGAGUGCGGCCAAAGCUCUGGCUUCCCUGUCUGGCACUCAGUACCAAGUGGGUUCUACCUCCACCACUGUCUAUCAAGCCAGCGGGAGCAGUGUUGACUGGGCUUACGAUAACGGCAUCAAGUACGCAUUCACUUUUGAGUUGAGAGAUACUGGGCACUAUGGCUUCCUCCUGCCGGCCAACCAGAUCAUCCCCACUGCAGAGGAGACCUGGCUGGGGCUGAAGACCAUCAUGGAGCAUGUGCGGGACCACCUCUACUAGACGAGGAGCCCUCUCUGUCUACUCUUACUUAUCCCCAUGUAUGUACGCACGCUGAAGCCAUAUUAAAGGGAGCUUGUUCCCUCAUGGGUGUCAGAGCCCUCUGGCUUUGGAGUGGAUACAGGCCAGCCCCUCCCUGAAGCUCCUGCAUUGUGGUGGCACACCUGAGAGAAGGGUUUCUGUCACUUGCCGUAUUUUUGUCCUGCUCUUUCUCUGAACUCUUUAUAUGCCUUUCCUUAGGCCACACUUAGGAUCACACCUUACUGGUGGCAUCACUCUACCUCAUUUUUAGGAUAGAAAGUAUCUGAGAUGGUUCUCUAACCUCAUCCAAACUAGUCAAGCUUGGUGACCUUGCUCUGGUGACCCCAGGGUAGGUUCUGUGGGAAGCAAUGUAAUUGGCCUCAAAGAUGAUGCAGAAUGAACUUCCUUUAGUUUAUCUCACUCCUUGAACAUAUUUUUCUUUGAAAAACAAAUCCUGCAAGGCCAUCGGUAUGGGUCAUCAGUAUAGGUCAUCCUUGCUCCCCUUUUGUUUUUGUUUGUAUGUUUUUGGUCUGAAUACAAAGUAAGGGGUCACUUCUCAUCACUGGGCCCCAAAUUCCCAGAUACUACAGUCCCGAUAGCAUUUUUCGGCUUAUUACUCAGUGUCACUGGGACCCCAGAAGGGCAUCUGUGUCACCAUAGGUACUGCUCACCCAGAAACCCUGGAUAACGUGAUGCUCUAAUAGCAGGAUUGCUAAAUUAUCCCCAUCUGUCCUAUGGGCUCGCCUCUGCUUCCCCUUUGAACUUACUUCAAAGAUCUUGCCCUCACCCUACAAGUCCUAAAUCACUCCUCUGGCCUGGAUAAUCUCACUGCCUUGGCACACAGUGUACCUCGUGUUUCCUUCUUUGUUUUUUUUGGGUCUUCUAUUUUGCACCCUGGCCCACGAGUACCACGGCGGAGCCAGGCUUCAUCCGUCAGGCUCCGCUUGCUCCAUUCUGCCUUAGCAUGUUCCAUCUGCACCCCCUCCCCCACCCCUCCCUGUUUUCUUUCUUUUUUCAAAUAUGUCUGUAAAUCUUAUCCUUCUGCCUAGGAUUUGUGCAGCAUCUGGUGUGUGCUCCUAAGCCAAUAAAUAUUCAAUAUGAGUCUUA